AUGUCAAAAGCUUUUCUAAUAGCUAGGCAGAGUGCAGCGGUGGGUCAGCAUACCUUUGGGAGCUAUGAGCAUUGGUUUGAGGUCAGUUUAAAAUAGUUUUCUCUGGCAAUGAUAAAAAACUUUUUUUUUUUUAAUUGGCUCUUGAACUAUUUUUUAGAUGUUGAAAGUGAAAUCUUAGGUUCACUUCUUUUAACAUGUGACUUUGUCGUUAAGUUUUUUGUGGAUUACUUUAGGUUGAGCUUUUAAAUUGCAGGAUGUCUUCUUAUAAGUUUUUACUAGGGUUCUUAAAAAUGCUUUUUGAAAAUUUGGGUUAUCUGUUUUUACAAUUCAUUUGCAAUUGGUUCACAUAAAAAGUGCAGAUUAACAUAUUUUACAAGAUUGAAAGCAGCAGUUGAAGCCUUUUAUUACAAAAGCAAUGCGACUCAUUUUAACACAGUUUGGUACCAGCACUAAACCUAUAUUUAUGACAAGUCACCUGCGAUAAUGCCAGCUGCACUUUUGAAAACUUUUUACUAGAUAUCUAUAGCAGAAUACUCACCUGUAAGAAAAGGCUGCCACAAGUAUCAUUUAUCUAUUUUUGGAAACAUUUGAUGUGGCUUGACAGCUUGACACGCGAAGCGAGUGCCUAGUUUCGAGAUUAUAUUGUGUUUAUUAGAAUUUAAGUUUAAAAAAAAAAUUUUUUUACAUUAUUAUUUUCAAAAUUUAGGAUUUAAAAAAAAAUCAUGACAACAUUAAAAAAAAUUAUUAUUGUUUUGUAUAAUCAAUUGGCUAUCAGUUGCAAAAUCCACUUAUCUUUUAACAUCGUUAGAUUUUACUUUUGAUUCACUCAGUACUUAAACAGUGCCUGUGUAAUUCAUUGUUUAUUCCCAUACAGUCACUAUUGUCUGGCAGCAAUAAUCCACUGACAGCAUCCAGGCGUGUCUUCACAUCUCUGAUCAAGUUCAUGUCUGGCCUUGUCCCUUUUGAAUCAGCUGAUUAUUUGAAGGUGAUUUCUUAUGGUGUGGCUUUCAUUGUAAAGGUUGCCGUAAAUUUGUUCUAAUGUUGAAAAGGUGUUGUUAGAGACUAUGACCAUUGUUGUCCAAGUCUCCAUUGAAGUUUUUUUUUUUUUUUUUUUUUUUUUUUUUUUUUUUUUUUUUUUUUUAUUUUUUUUUUUUUUUUUUUUUUUUUUUUUUUUUUUUUUUUUUUUUUUUUUUUUUUUUUAUUUUUUUUUUUUUUUAUUAGAGAAUAAUAAUUUUUGUUUCCUCUCUUCACAUUUUCUCUUGACAAGCCCACAUUUUCUCUUGGCAAGCCCACAUUUUCUCUUGGCAGGACCACAUUUUCUCUUGGCAAGCCCACAUUUUCUCUUGGCAGGCCCACAUUUUCUCUUGACAAGCCCACAUUUUCUCUUGGCAGGCCCACAUUUUCUCUUGACAAGCCCAGGCCCACAUUUUCUCUUGAAAAGCCCACAUUUUCUCUUGACAUUUUCUCUUGACAGGCUCACAUUUUCUCUUGACAGGCUCACAUUUUCUCUUGACAGGCCCACAUUAUCAAGAAGCCUGCAUUGACAACCAAAACAAGAGAAAUUUAUGAGGAUUACAUUUCAUUGGCCAAAACCAGACUUAAGGACCUAGGAGUGAGUAGUUUGAUGUAGUUAUGUCUGUGUGUUAUCUUGGUAGACAGAUCAUGGUAUAGAUUUUAUGAUGAUUACAAUUUUCUGGCCAAAACCAGACUUAAGGACCUAGGAGUGAGUAGCUUGAUGUAAUUAUCAUUAGUAUGUCUGUGUGUUAUCUUGGUAAGAAGAUUAUGGUAUUGAGUUUCUAUUUGCACUAAAUAAAACUGUUUUCUUUUUUCCUAUAGGUAUCACUUUUUGAUGUAUUUGAGGGAAUCUAUGAUGGUCUAACAAACAAACCUACCACUAGUGAAAAACUGGUAAGCCAACAAUCCACAAAAUAAAAUAGAAUGCUGGUAACAUCUAUAAUCUUAGGGCUAUAUACAGACCUGUUUACUCUUACGAUUUUUGCGUACAAUGCACGAUUUUGAGGUGUAUAAAUUAUCUCCACAAGACAAUUAGGCUCUUCCAUUGACAAUAGAACCCUCUCAAUCCCAAGAACCAAAACCAUCGGUGAACGCUCCUUCUACUUCCAUGGGCCCACGUUCUGGAACCAGCUCAAUUCCAUAUCCGUUAUUGUGAAACCUCGUCUACUUUUAAAAAGUCCCUUAAAACCCAUUUAUUUAGGUCCGCCUAUGAAAUGUGAUACACCCUCCUUGCCCUGCCUCAUUUUCUGUCUCGGGUUAAUCCUGUAGUAUAGGCCAAAACGUGCCAAAAUGUCCUCUUUUUAUAGCCAUUUUAAUUGUUUCUAUAGUAUAGUAGUUACUAUCCAAUGUCUCAUUUUUAUUCUAGUUAGUUUACAUGUUUUUAAUAAUUGUAAAGCGCUUAGAGCUUUAAGGUAAGCGCUGUAUAAAAAUGCCUAAAUAAAUAAAUAUAUACUGCACGUUUUUUUCCAUAAAGAGAAUGUAUUGAACGAUUAUGUGAUGACAUUGUACCAUUUUAAGAGUUUGAGGGUAAACAGGUCUGUAUAUAUAAUGUGGUGUGAUUUUGAAUUUGAAUAAUAAAAUAAAUAGUAUACUAGUGCAUUUAUUUGAUAACAAGGAUAAUGGCAAUGAGCUUCGCAAACUAAGUCAACCCAUAUGAGUGUAUUUCCCAAACUAAGUCAUGACACAUGAGUGUGUUUCCUAAACUAAGUCAUGACACAUGAGUGUGUUUCCUAAACUAAGUCAUGACACAUGAGUGUGUUUCCCAAACUAAGUCAUGACACAUGAGUGUGUUUCCCAAACUAAGUCAUGACACAUGAGUGUGUUUCCCAAACUAAGUCAUGACACAUGAGUGUGUUUCCAAACUAAGUCAUGACACAUGAGUGUGUUUCCCAAACUAAGUCAUGACACAUGAGUGUGUUUCCCAAACUAAGUCAUGACACAUGAGUGUGUUUCCCAAACUAAGUCAUGACACAUGAGUGUGUUUCCUGAUGGGUUUAGGUGUGUGGGGAAGUUAAGAGUCUAAGGGAAAUAAGCUGUAACAACUUUCAUGCAUUCUAAAGCAGUAAACAUGUCGAUCAAUUAGCUGUGCUAGCGCAGCAUUUCUCAACCCUUUUUUAAAAUCGUGGUUCACUUUAAUGUGAGCCAAAAGAGACAGAUGAGCAGUUUUUAAAAGAAAAAAUAAUGGAAGUGAAUUUUGAAAUUGUUGAAAACUGCUUAGUGGGAGCCAAAAUAUUCUCUCAGCAAGCUAUUUGUGGACAUUUGACAUUAAUCUUUAAGAAUGUUCAUCAUUUUAUCCUAAAUGUUCAAACCGUUGACUAUGAUUGUUUCAUUAAUCCAUUUGUUUUAAUAAAAUUAAAAGACUUUUCCCUGGCUAGUAGAAAGGAAGAAGAGGACUGAAAUGAGAAAAAAAAAUAGAUUAUCAGACUCUGUUACCUAACGAUGUACAAAGAGAGUUACUUGGACAGCUUUUGAAUUUAAAACGCAAGCAUUCAAAAACUGAAUCAUUGCCUCACAGAACGACAUCUUACAAAAAUAUGUAAACAGUGUGUCACCUAUAUGAAAUAUUUGUAAAGCUUUGAACUAUAGAGUGGACAUUGUUGAAAUAUAAACUAGUCAUUUUUUGGUACAUAUAUAACACACUCACAGGCAUAAAUAAUGUUUUUUCUUCUCCAAUAGAAAACUGCUGAUCCUACAGAUACAGAUGUGGAAAAGGCUGUAGCCUCAUUCACAGAUACUGGUAAAAUUCCAACUGCUCUCAAUGAAGCCAGGUGCAUAUUAUUGAUAAUAUAGACAUUGAUAAAGAUUGACUGAGUGACAGUGUUAGUAGUUCAGUUAAGAUGAUGUAAGUUGAAUACAUCUGAUUGUUGUUCAGUCAAAAUGAUGAUGAAAGUCGACAAAGUUAAAGGCCCCAAUACACCAACGAAGAAUUUUUAAAAUGUAAUAAUUUUUUUUCUGUACCGGUACAUAAUUCUUGUUUUCAAGAUAGUCUUCUGCUGCAAAUUGAAAUACCUGUUCAUUAAGUUAAGUUCUGAAAUUUUCUAGUUCAUUUUUAAAACUAUUUUUAUGGGCAACAUGUUUUAAUGCCCAACAUUAAGUUAAGUGCAGAAACUAGUUACUUCAUUUUGAAAGCUUUUGUUAUGGCAGUCAUGUUUCGAUCUGUUUAAGCAAUGUUUAAAUUUAUUAAUUCUAUUCACCUUUCCCUUAACCCACUCCACAGCAUUUUCCGCAAGCCGUAUUUCAUAGGCAAGUUUCUACCUGCCCUGUUAAAGCCAAGAUUUGUAAGUGUCAACAAAAUUUAGACUUGUGUUAAUUUUUAUGUAAAUAAGAAUACUUAAUUUAGCAAACAUUUAAACAAUUUUUUUUCUAUAAAUCCGUCAAGAACUAAUUGAAAAAAUCUCUCAAUAGCAGUAUGACCUAAUGAUAAAUCCACCACUAGAACCAUCACCUAAUGAUAAAUCAGGCUGAUGCACUGAUUAGUCUUCUCAGUUUUUUUGUAUACCUGGGAGUCCUGGACAUUAACUGCAGAACUUUAAAGAAAAAAGGCGAUGGAGAUGAGAUGUUUUAGAAGCAUUCUUGGAAUCUGCUAUAGAGAUCAUAUCUCAAACGAACAACUCAAAGAAAAAAUUGUUCAAUCAAUUGGGCAGUAUGAUGACCUCCUGGGAACUUUAAAAAAGCACAAGCUGGAAUGGUAGGGCCACGUGACAAGAAAACAAGGGCUCCCCAAGGAAAUCAUGCAGGGCACAAUGAGAGGGGGAGAAGGAGAGGCAGACAGAGAAAAAUAUGGGAAGAUAACAUCACAGAGUGGAUGGGACUAAAGCUAGGUGAUGCUGUGCGAAGUGCAGAAAACAGAGAGGAAUGGACGGGGAUAGUUUUCAUGUCAUCUCUUGUGCCCCUAUGGGCCAAGGACUAAGGGACAUGAUGAUGAAUGAUAAAUCCACCACUGUAACCCUGACCUAAUGAUAAAUCCACCACUGUUACCCUGACCUAAUGAACUGACCACUAGAACCAUCCCCUAAUUAUAUAUCCGCCACAGUACCCAGAUCUAAAUUGAUAAGUUUUUCAGUUACCCUGACCUAAUGAUAGAUUCACUACUAGAAGUUAGAAGCCUGACCUAAUGAUAACUCCACCACUGUUACCCUGACCUAAUGAUAAAUCCACCACUGGUACCCUGACCUAAUGAUAAAUCCACCACUAUUACCCUGACCUAAUGAUAAAUCAACUCUGUUAUCCUGACCUAAUGAUAAAUCCAUCACUGUUACCCUGACCUAAUGAUAAAUCCACCACUGGUACCCUGACCUAAUGAUAAAUCCACCACUAUUACCCUGACCUAAUGAUAAAUCAACUCUGUUAUCCUGACCUAAUGAUAAAUCCAUCACUGUUACCCUGACCUAAUGAUAAAUCCACCACUGUUACCCUGACCUAAUUAUAAAUCCACCACUGUUACCCUGACCUAACGAUAAAUUCACCACUGUUACUCUGACCUAAUGAGAAAUCCAUUACUAGAACCCUGACCAAAUGAUAAUUCUCCCACUGAUACCCUGACCUAGUGAUAAAUCUUUAUAAAACAGCUCCCUGAUGUACCAGACAUGAAAAUGAAGCUCAUAGAAGAUCUCAACAAAUCUGGCCGGAUUCCCCAGUCACUCUACAACCGCUACAAGGAAGACUGUGAGAAGGAGAAACGAGCCUUGCUUGAAGGUUGGUGCAGAGUUCCAUAGCGGAGGGAACAUGUAGCCUGACUCAUUUACAAGAGUGGCCCUCUUCAUUAUUUUUUCACCUAUAAACAGGGGUGGAUAAAUGCAAGGGGGACUGGUUGCCUACAUUUAUUUUUAGUACUACCAAAAUAUACGUUAUUUAAGUUGUACCAAAUUAUAUAUGUAUAUUUUUUAAUAUAGAUUUUAAGAAAAAAAUAGUGUCUGCUGAUAUAUUCUUAGUUUACAUUUCCAGUUCUAGUAGGGGGUCAGCAGAGAAGGUUUGGAAUCACUCAAGUUGGCUUGAUGAAAAUGUUUCAGGUGUGUUUGAUGUUGAUGAUGAUGGUGAUGAUAUAGACAGCAUGACCCUGUCUCCAAAUGAAGAAUUCUGUCUUCAACUUAGCAAGUAUCAAGAGGCAGUUAACAAUGAACAAUCCAAUAAAAGUAAGGCAUAUCACCAAGUGUCAGAUAGCAGUUACUCAUGGACUAUCCAAAUAACAGUAAGCUUUAACAGCAUCAGGUGAUGGUUACCCAUGAAAUACAGCCAGUGCUCAACUUACGAGCUAUGCAACUUACGACCAUUCGACUUUACGACCACAAUCACUAGCCAUAUUAGAUUUCAGAUUUAUUUCUGCCGCAAUUAUCUGUCGAACGGCGUUGUCUGCAAUCAUUGGCGGUCGUUAACUAAGGAAAGGGAGGAAAGAUGCUAUGCUGCUAGCCAGCGUCAUCAGUUUCUAAGAAAUAACACUGUCACACUCAAUAAUCCUAGGUCCGUUGACCUCCCUAAGCAGGCUAAAGCUUGUUGAUUGGAGAACUCUUCAGAGUUUGAAAAUUUGAACUCCAUCUCCCAUUGAAAAUGAUGAUUUAUAACAAUAAUAAAAGAAAUUUAUGAUAUAAUUUAACUUAAAUAUUUUUAUAACAUCACUUCACAUAACUGUUCACAUAGUGAACUCAACUUACGACCAAAUCGUGUUACAACCGGUCUGUCGGAACCGAUCAUGGUCGUAAGUCGAGCACUGGCUGGAUCCAGUAAGCUUAAUAGCAUCAGGUGGUGGUUACCCUUGAAAUACCCAGUAAACUUUAACAGCAUGAGAUAGAAGUUACCCAAGAAAUAUUCACUGAAAAGUAUGCUUUAACUUUAUCUGCAUCAGUUAGCAUUUUCCAUAAAAUAAACAAUAAAUUGAUUCAUUUUUUAAUUCAAAUAUUGAAUGAGGAAAUUGUGAGUUAUAGCAAAUUAGGCCAGACUAGUUUGGAAAAUUGUUGUAACAAAUUAAACCAAAUUGUGUCUUAUGAAUCAAAGCUUACGUAUAAGAAAGAGAGAGACAGUCUAAGGUACACAUGUAUAUACUUACAGCAUUUCAUUGAACUAUUGCCACCUAAACUUCAAUAAUUUGAUAUCAGAGUUUUAAAACUGUUUUAAUCUUUGAUUAGUAAAAAAAUUUAUAAUCGGUACCCGGUGCUUGAAGACUGGAACUUAUAAUGAAGUCUUGUUCUGAUUUCUGAGAGUCAGUAGUGAAUAUAAGUAGAAUUUUUAUUUUUGAAAUUCAUACAUUUACAUUAAAACUUCUGUUUGGUGUCUGUAAUUAACUGCUCCAAUUAUCAACUUAUUUUCCUUACAGGUGUUAAAUAAGAAAGUUAUUAAAAAAAUGUUUAAAAAAUAUUUGGUAGCAUCACUUUAAAAAUGUCUUAUAUUGAAACAAUCAUGAUUUAAAAUUAUUUUAUAUUUUAUCUGAAUGUUUUGUUUUUUUAAAAUUGUUUUUUUAAUAUGCUUAAAAUAAAUAUGUACAAUGUAAUUGGAUCAAUAAAAGCAUGUGAUCUAAUUCUAUCUGCAAGUCAUAUUAGCUAAUAAACAAUCAUAAUACUUCAUUCAACAAGUGUCAGAUAUUCUGAAUGCCAUUGUAAAUACACUGAGUGGCUUACUACAGCCUUCAUUACCACAGACAAAAGAUGAUGUGCAC